GACGUUGGCCCUGGGAAACGAAACCAGAGCAGGAGGGCAGGAAAUGGGAAUUCUGGACUUGGAGAGCAGGCAGGGAGAGCCCGGCAGGGCUGGGGCUGGGCUCUGGCUCUGCUGGAUCUCCCUCAGCUCCCCGGGCUGGGCUCUGGCUCUGCUGGAUCUCCCUCAGCUCCCAGGCUGGGCUCUGGCUCUGCUGGAUCUCCCUCAGCUCCCAGGCUGGGCUCUGGAUCUCCCUCAGCUUCCAGGCUGGGCUCUGGCUCUGCUGGAUCUCCCUCAGCUCCCAGGCUGGGCUCUGGCUCUGCUGGAUCUCCCUCAGCUCCCUGGGCUCUGGCUCUGGCUCUGCUGGAUCUCCCUCAGCUCCCAGGCUGGGCUCUGGCUCUGCUGGAUCUCCCUCAGCUCCCAGGCUGGGCUCUGGCUCUGCUGGAUCUCCCUCAGCUCCCAGGCUGGGCUCUGGCUCUGCUGGAUCUCCCUCAGCUCCCUGAGCUGGGCUCUGGCUCUGCUGGAUCUCCCUCAGCUCCCUGGGCUGGGCUCUGGAUCUCCCUCAGCUCCCAGGCUGGGCUCUGGCUCUGCUGGAUCUCCCUCAGCUCCCAGGCUGGGCUCUGGCUCUGCUGGAUCUCCCUCAGCUCCCUGGGCUCUGGCUCUGCUGGAUCUCCCUCAGCUCCCUGGGCUGGGCUCUGGCUCUGCUGGAUCUCCCUCAGCUCCCUGGGCUCUGGCUCUGCUGGAUCUCCCUCAGCUCCCUGGGCUGGGCUCUGGAUCUCCCUCAGCUCCCAGGCUGGGCUCUGGCUCUGCUGGAUCUCCCUCAGCUCCCUGGGCUGGGCUCUGGAUCUCCCUCAGCUCCCAGGCUGGGCUCUGGCUCUGCUGGAUCUCCCUCAGCUCCCUGGGCUGGGCUCUGGCUCUGCUGGAUCUCCCUCAGCUCCCUGGGCUGGGCUCUGGCUCUCCCUCAGCUCCCUGGGCUGGGCUCUGGCUCUGCUGGAUCUCCCUCAGCUCCCUGGGCUGGGCUCUGGCUCUCCCUCAGCUCCCUGGGCUGGGCUCUGGCUCUGCUGGAUCUCCCUCAGCUCCCUGGGCUGGGCUCUGGAUCUCCCUCAGCUCCCAGGCUGGGCUCUGGCUCUCCCUCAGCUCCCUGGGCUGGGCUCUGGCUCUGCUGGAUCUCCCUCAGCUCCCAGGCUGGGCUCUGGCUCUCCCUCAGCUCCCUGUGCUCGGCCUCCCCAGGGGAUAUUUCUGGGUCGGGCUGGUGGGCAGCAGAAACUGAGCCCACGGGGAGGGAAAUCCUCACAGAAGCACUUUGGUAGUGAAAUGAUUCUGCUUUGCCUCUUGAG